AUGGCUUGUCGUUCAACGGGCUGGGCGCAGCUGGCUUCAGAAUCUGUGGGGAUGGCACAGGUCAAUGCCAUUGUGGCCCACCUUGUUUCAAUGGAACGCCGAGUUCCCGUGCAGCACUUCUUUGAUGGUUUCCGCACCAGUCACGAGGUGAACAAAGUCAAGUUGAUUGACUACAGCACCAUGAAGACUUUCAUCAAUUGGGAGGCUGUCAAAGAGCAUCACGAUUUGGCCAUGAACCCUCGGCAUCCUCACGUGCAGGGCACUUCGCAAGGGCCUGACAUCUUCUUCCAGUGCGUGGAGGCUGGCAACAGCUUCUAUGAUGGGUUGGCUGAUCUUUUUGAAGAGAAGGGGAAGAUGAUUCAAGAGAAGACUGGUUUGCACUUCGCCCUCUACGCCUAUGAAGGCCACCCCGAGGCAAAACACGUGAUUGUGGUUAUGGGCAGUGCAGCAGUGACUUGCGGAGAGACUGCCAGUUUCUUGUCCAAGCACAAGGGACAACGCGUGGGGGUGUUGAAGGUUCGUCUUUUCCGACCUUGGGACAGUUCCCGCUUUUUGGCAGCUUUGCCAACAACCACCGAGCGCAUUUGCGUUCUGGACCGCACCAAAGAGCAGGGCUCGCAGGGUGAACCACUGCUUCUGGAGGUGUCUUCGAUGUUGCAUGCCAGCGCUCACUCCGAAAUUGUGGUGGUUGGAGGCCGCUAUGGGCUUGGUUCCAAGGAGUUUACGCCCAACAUGGUUCUCUCAAUCUACGAAAAUCUAGCCAAGGAGAGCCCCAAACCACGCUUCACUGUGGGCAUCAACGAUGACGUGACCUUCCUGUCGUUGCCAGUGGGCCCAUGGCUCAAUGUGCUUCCAGAAGGCACCACUGAGUGUAUGUUCUAUGGACUCGGAAGUGACGGAACCGUGGGUGCCAACAAGAGCGCGGUGAAGAUGAUUGCGAUGGGCACGCAGCUUCAUGCUCAGGCCUACUUCGAGUACGAUGCCAAGAAGAGCGGCGGCGUGACCAUCAGCCACUUGCGCUUUGGUCCCAAGCCCAUCCAUGCUCCCUACAAUGUGCGCGCCGCAGACUACCUGGCUGUCCACAAGCAAAGCUACGUGAACAGCUAUGACAUGACGCGCUACUUGAAGCAGAACGCCGUGUGCGUCAUCAACUGCUCUUGGGACAAGAGCGAGUUGGAGAAGCAACUGCCAGCCAAAAUGCGCAAGGAUUUGGCAGAGAAGCAGGCCAAGCUUUUCAUCAUUGAUGCCACGAAGAUUGCUGUGAAGGCUGGCCUGGGAAAACGCAUCAACAUGAUCAUGCAGACCGUCUUCUUCAAGCUCAGUGCAGUGAUGCCUUAUGAAGAGGCUGUGGAGAUGUUGAAGAAGAGCAUCAAGAAGAUGUACGGCAAGAAGGGCGACAAGGUGGUGAAGAUGAACAUCGAUGGCGUGGAUGCCUCCAUUGAGGGCAUCGUGCAGGUGGACAUCCCUGCAGCCUGGGCAUCUCUGGACCUUGGCUCUGAGGCCACCGAUGCGCAGAAGCAGAAGGUUGCUUAUGGCAAGGGGCCAAGGAUGUUCCCAGAGGUGCAAGAUGCAGAGCAGUUUGCGAAGCAAGUCCAGUCGCCCUGCAACAACCUCGAUGGCAAUGCACUUCCUGUGAGUGCCUUCGUGCCCGGUGGCCGAGUGCCAUGUGGUACAAGUCAGUACGAGAAACGUGGUAUUGCCAUCAACGUGCCCAAGGUUGACAUGGACAAGUGCACUCAGUGCAACAAGUGCAGUCUCAUCUGCCCCCAUGCGGCAGUGCGACCAUUCCUGGCCACCGGACAAGAGCUCGCAAAGGCACCAGCAGCUUUCAAGGAUGGCAGCCGUUCCGCAAUUGGAGGUGGUGUCUUGGACAACUACCAGUACCGCAUCCAGGUCUCCCCAUGGGAUUGCACAGGCUGUGAGUUGUGCGUCCGCAUUUGCCCUGCUGAUGCAUUGACCUUGGGACCUGCAGAGAAGGUCAUUCAGGAAGAGGAAGCCAAUUGGAACUUCGCAGUGACCCUCCCAGAUCGUGGUGAUGAAAUUGACAAGACCACCGUGAAGGGCUCCCAGUUCCAGAAGCCGUAUCUCGAGUUCAGCGGGGCCUGUGAAGGAUGUGGUGAGACUCCUCAUGUGAAGCUCAUGACUCAGCUUUUCGGUGAUCGACUGGUGAUUGCCAAUGCGACAGGCUGCUCCUCCAUCUGGGGUGGCUCCAACCCAUCCUUCCCCUACACGACCAACACGAAGGGCGAGGGCCCUGCCUGGGCCAACUCGCUCUUCGAAGACAACGCCGAGUUCGGCUUCGGCAUGCGCAAGGCCUUCAAACAGCGCCGUGACUACUUGGCCAUGCAAGUGGAGGACACCUUGGGUGACAAGGCGGUGACGAUGUCCGAUGAACUUCGACAAGCCUUGAACCAGUUCUUGGUGAUGCGCAAGGAGAACAUGCACGACUUGCUCUUGCCAAAGGGUCGCAGUAUCUACCACCAGAUCAUGGAGAAACUUGUGCCAUUGCUCGAGAAGGAGAAGGGUGAUCACCCAAAGAUCCACAACUUGUACGAUUUGGAAGACAUGUUCGGCCGCAGCAGCUUCUGGAUUGUUGGCGGAGACGGCUGGGCCUACGACAUCGGCUAUGGUGGCUUGGACCACGUCAUUGCCAGUGAGGAACAUGUGAACAUCUUGGUGCUUGACACGGAGAUGUACAGCAACACUGGUGGACAGGCAUCCAAAGCAACACCAAAGGGAGCCAUGGCAAAGUUCGCUGAGGGUGGAAAGCUGACGCAGAAGAAGGACAUGGGACAGUUGGCCAUGACCUACAAGAACGUCUACGUGGCCAGCAUUUGCGUUCAUGUCAACCCACAGCAAGCAGUCCGCGCUAUGAUUGAGGCUGACGCCUAUCCGGGACCAAGCAUCAUCCUUGCAUACAGCCCAUGCAUCAGUCAAGGUUUCCCUAUGGCCGAGUCCAUUCAGCACUGCCAGAUGGCAGUGGACAGCGGCUACUGGCCUCUUUACCGAUACAACCCAGAGUUGGCAGCACAUGGCAACAAUCCGUUCCAGCUCGAUAGCCGCAAGAUCAAGGGCGAUCUGUUCAAGUUCCUUGCCAAGGAGAACCGCUUUGCAGCAGUGAUGCGUCGCGAUCCUAAGCAUGCAGAGGAGCUUGACAACAAGUUGCAAGAGAACCUGGUUCAGAAGAACCAUUUGCUUCAGGUUUUGAACAAAGAGGAUUUGGAAGGGCAAUUCAGCAAGCUGGUGGAAGGCCUUUCAGAUGCCAAGAGCUCUGGAGAUUCAAUCACUGUGCUGUACGGCAGUGAGAGUGGCAAUGCCGAGGAGCAGGCUAAAAAUCUGAUGCAAGAUUUGAUUGCUCGUGGUUUGAAGGCGACGGUGAGCUCGCUGGAUGACUUUGAAUUUGAGGAGCUGCCCAAUCAGAAGAUCAUGAUUUUGGUCGUCUCCACCUGUGGAUUGGGAGAGUACCCAGCCAACUGCAAGCAGACUUGGCUGAAGCUGCAGUCGGCAGACUUGCCAAUGUCUUGGCUGUCAGGUGUGAAGUUCUGCGUCUUUGGCUUGGGCGACUCAACCUACAGCCAGUUCUGUGUGGCUGCAGCAGGCUUUGAUACGCGCUUGGGUGAGCUUGGUGGUCAGCGCAUGCUCAAGCGCGGUGUGGGAGACGACCGUGAUGAGGAUCGCUACUACACUGGAUGGGAAGCCUGGUUGCCAGAGCUUUGGAAGGUCCUCGGAGCCCCAGCCCUUCCACUGAGCCAGGACAUUCCAGCCCCAUCCUACAGAGUUGAUGCCUCUCCAGGUACUCUGGGAAAGCCACCUGUGAGUGACGACGACAUCAUCCCACCUGGUGCCAACCGACUCACUUUGCUCACGAACAACGUGCUGACUGGUGAUGCCAAGUAUGAUCGAGACAUUCGUCACUAUGAAUUUAAGAUCGAGGGCACCAACGUAUCUUACAAGACUGGUGAAAGUCUGGCCAUCUGGCCACGCAACCCAGAAGACAAGGUCUUGGAAUUCUGUCAGAUGAUGGGCUUUGACCCUGCGCAGAACCUGAGAGUCCUUCCUUUGGAAGGAGCCCGCAACUGGUGCCCCACGGAGCUGAGUGUACGACAGCUUUUCUCCCAUGUGCUUGAUAUUUUCGGAAAGCCGAACCGAAAGUUCUACCAGACUCUUGCGCUCUUUGCAAAGGAUGAGGGUGAAAAGAAGCAGCUGCAAAGCAUUGUCGAGAACAGCAAGGAGGGAGCCGCCCUCUAUCGCGACCUGACCCAAGACUUUGCACACCAUGCAGAUGUGCUGCAGAAGUUUGCAAGCGCCCGACCUCCCAUUGAGCACUUGUUGCAGAUGAUGCCGGUGUUGAAACCCAGGAGCUACUCCAUUGCCAGCUCUCCUUUGAUGCAUCCGGACAAGAUCCAGCUCUGCGUGGUGCUGGUUGACUGGACAGUGGAGACCACCAAGGAGCUUCGAUUGGGUGAAUGCACAGGCUACAUGCAGAUGCAGAAGCCCGGCGCCCAGAUCAUGUGCGCCGUGCGCUCCAGUGCCAUUGUGCUUCCCAAGCAGCCUCAGAAGCCUGUGAUCAUGGCUGGCAUGGGUACAGGCUUGGCACCAUGGCGUGCUGUGACGCAGGAGCUGAAGGGG